AUGGCGUUUAGCCGUAUUGUCGCUGCGCCAAUCUUUCUGGCACUUUGGGCGCUACCCGUCAUUGCAGGUGUCCAAGAAAUAUGGUGGAAUAUCACCUAUAUCCAGAAUGCUAACCCAGACGGCUUGUUUGAACGUCGGGUUAUAGGUGUUAACAAUACAUGGCCGCCUCCCCCAAUCUCCGUUUCUACGGAUGAUUCAUUGCUGGUUCACGUAACCAAUUCGAUUGACCAGCCGACCACCCUCCAUCAUCAUGGCAUGUUCUUCAAUUCGACUUCGUGGAUGGACGGCGCUCAAGGUGUCUCUGAAUGUGGCAUCCCUCCUGGUGGACAAUUCGACUAUGUCGUACCUAUAAAUUCAUCGGGACAAUGGGGAACAUAUUGGGUCCAUGCUCAUGCAUCGGGCCAAUACGUCGACGGACUGCGAGCACCAGUGGUUCUUCAUCCGCCGAAAGAGGUUCACUCGUAUGAUGAAGAAUUUACAGUCGUAUUAGGUGACUGGUAUCACGACGAACACUCCGUGCUCAUCAAACAAUUCGUCAACAUCGCCAAUCCAGGUGGAGCUGAACCUGUGCCUGAUUCUGCCUUGAUCUAUUUUGCACAAAAUUCGACCUAUCUUGGGCCUGUUGCUGGUUCCAGUCCAUCAUCUGUUACAUCAGCAGUAGGAUUCAACGAAAAUGCAACGCUCCCCUUUGAACCUGGCAAAACGUACCGACUUCGUAUCGUCAAUACUUCUGCAUUCUCAGCCUUCUUUUUUUGGAUCGACGGGCACGACAUGAGGAUAAUUGAAGUCGAUGGUACUGAUGUGCAGGAAUCACCUAUCGAUCUACUGAGUAUUACAGUGGCCCAGAGGUACUCCGUUCUGGUUACGGCAAGAAAUGACACAACGAGUAAUUGGGUGAUCCACGCAAACAUGGAUACAGACAUGUUCGACACUGUCCCCGACACCCUGAAUCCCAAUAUCACAUCUUCAAUAACCUACGACUCCUCAGCACCCCUCACCGACCUCGGAUUCGUGAACGAAUAUCACGAUGUAGACGACCUUUCUCUUGUCCCUAUUAUUGAGAUAGCCCAGCCUGUCGCGACUAAGACGAUUGAACUUGAGGUUACUUUCGAUACCAUGAACGACGGGACAAAUCACGCCAUGUUCAACCAAAUUACGUACAACUCGCCCUUGGUCCCCGCUAUAUUUUCUACGAUGACUUUGGGGCCCAAUGCAACUGCUCAAAGCGCGUAUGGACCCCUCAGCUUUGUGAUCGAACAUAUGGACGUCGUCGAUAUUAUUGUGAAAAACGGAGACGCCGGAAAGCACCCUUUCCAUUUACACGGACAUAAACCAAUGAUAGUCGGGAGAUCUCAGGAUUAUACUUCUAAUGAUCCUGCUCUCAAUCCCCCCAUCGUAGAAGGACAGAAAAAUCCCAUCCGACGAGAUACUAUCCAAAUCCCGUCAAUGAAUUCGGCUACGCUACGCGUUGUGGCUGAUAACCCAGGAGUCUGGUUCUUCCACUGUCACAUCGAAUGGCACCUCGAAGUCGGCUUGGCUAUUCAGCUGGUUGAAGCCCCUUUGCAAGCCCAAGCGCUCCGCGAAAAUGUACCACAGGUUAUGUACGACCACUGUCAAGCGCUGGGGAAACCUAUAUCUGGAAACGCCGCCGGGAUUGCAUCAGCGACAGACCUUACUGGACUGCCUCUGGGUCCCUUCCCUCAGAAGCUGGGUUGGCACCCUAAAGGCAUCGGUGCAAUGGCUGGGUGUGUGCUAACUGCUGUGUUGGGCAUGAUGGCAGUAACAUGGUACUCUUUGGGAGGCCAUAUUAGUGAUGCAGAGAUCGAACAUGAGGUGCGGGAGGCAAUAGCCAAAAAAGAGAAAAGGGGGAAGUUCUUUGGAUUUCUUCCCAAGAAACAGAGCUCGUAG